CCCGGCUUCCUUCCGUUGCGUUUACCCACUGCACCGAGUUCUCCUUCCCUGUCUCGUUUGUUUGUGUGAUCAUCACGCAAAUUGGACAUUAUAAAAUCAAGUCUAGGGCUAGGGUUUCCCAAUUCCACCAUCCCUCCAUCGUUGAAUCAGUCGCAGCCGAAGAAGAAAAGAUGAUAGAGGUGGUGCUCAACGAUCGUCUGGGGAAGAAGGUGAGGGUGAAGUGCAACGACGACGACACCAUUGGAGACCUCAAGAAGCUCGUCGCCGCCCAGACCGGCACCCGUGCGGACAAAAUCCGUAUCCAGAAGUGGUACAACGUCUACAAGGACCAUAUUACCCUCAAGGACUACGAGAUUCACGACGGCAUGGGCCUCGAACUCUACUACAAUUAAUUAGGUAUGGCAUUUCAUGUUCGACGGUAUACGAAUGCAUGAAGAAUGAAGCUGGGUUAAAGUUCUAUGAAGAGCCCCAUUGCUCUAAAGUAGUUGCCUUUAUGUGCUUGGUCUAAUUACUUUUGACAAACAAAGAUCACUGGUAUUUGUGUAUUUGUACAUCAAGACUUGUAUGAAGUUGAUCGUCUAUAUGGGCAUAUAACUUGUUCUGUUAAA